AUGUCUGCCGUGGAGGCAGCGCGGAACAUCCGCGAGGACCUCGAGCGCCUCGAACAGGGCAUCGCGGACCGCGUCCGGGAAGAGCCCAAGCAUAUCCGCAACAUUCUGAAUAGAGAUCACGAGGUUGCGCAGCUGCUCGGCGAGAUCCAGAAGCAGGCAACCAGCCUGAUUGAGAUUCUUAACGAUGACGUCGGCUUCACCGCGCAAGCCGUGGAGGAUCUGAGCACCGGCGAUCCUUUCAGCAAAUUCUACGGUCAAAUGGACAGCCUCCGCGAGCAUCACAACCGAUACCCGAACGAGCAAGCCGAGAACCUCGAGCAGCGCUAUCGACUCAAACACGACUACACGGGCGCGACCGCCUCCAUCGUCGACUCGCUCUUCUCUGGAGAAGAGGGCUACGGCAAAUACUUUGACCUCAACACCUGCCACGACGAAUUCCUCAGCCUGCCCAGCGUCAAGCAUCUUUCCUACCUGCAAUACCUCGAAGAGUUCGACAACUUCGCUCCCAACCACGGCGGAGUGAAGCGAGCCGAGAAGCUCACCGACCAGUACUUCAAGUACGUCGGAGACUUGGCCGAGUAUCUCACUUCGUUCCGCAAGCGCACCAAGCCCCUCGAGGAUGUCGACAAGGUCUUGACUGAGUUUGACGCGGAGUUUGCCGAGGCAUGGAAAAAGGACGAGGUGCAAGGAUGGCAGUCGGAGGAGGGAUCCGCGAAUGGAGGCCCCAACAAUCUCAGCAGCCCCGAUGCUGUCUGGUGCGACGACUGCGAGAAGGAGUUCAAGAACGAAAACGUCUACAAGAGCCACUUGACUGGGCGGAAGCACAUCAAGGCCGCCGAAGCCAAAAAGCAGCAGAAGGAGGGCGGCAGCGGUGGCGAAACCGGUCCAGCAAAGGGUGCUCUUUCGACAAAACGCAUCAAGGAGCGGGCCGUGGCCGAACGUGAGCAUCGCGUCAAGCGGCUCGCCAGCGCAAUGAGCACGGAGCGCAGCGACACCCGGGUCAACGUCGAGCGCAAGCAGGGUAUGACGGAGCGCGAGCGCCAGCAGGAGCUUGAGAACAUCAACAACAUAUCCGAGGAGCCGAGAGAGACCGAAGAGAACGGUCAAGAGGAAGGCGAGGAGGGAGACGAGAAGAUCUACAACCCGCUCAAGCUGCCGCUCGCAUGGGACGGCAAGCCGAUUCCCUUCUGGCUGUACCGACUCCACGGCCUGGGCGCAGAGUUUAACUGCGAGAUUUGCGGCAACUUUGUCUACAUGGGACGCCGGGCAUUUGACAAACACUUUAGCGAGCCGCGGCACAUCUACGGCCUCAAGUGCCUGGGCAUCACCAACGUCACGCUGUUCCGAGAUAUUACAAAGAUCGAAGAGGCGUUGAAGCUGUGGGACAGGAUCCAGCAGGAGCAGAAGAAGUCGAGGGUCGACGACGGCAGCAUCGUGCAAAUGGAGGACAGUGAGGGCAAUGUCAUGCCUGAGAAGGUUUACCUGGAUUUACAGAAGCAAGGCCUAUUGUAA